AGGAAAGCGUGCGCCCCCCCCCCCAAAAUGAAAGUUCAGACUGAGUGAAUAGCCACAGUUCUGCGUUGUCUCGUUACUAAGGCGUCUACGCAGUAACUGUGUGUGUGUGUAAGUGUUAGGGUCAGAAAUGGGAGGCAGUAACAGCACGCGCCGCGUGUCUUUCGAGAGCGAUGAGAACGAUAACGUGACGGUGGUGAAGGGCGUCAGGCUCUCGGAGAAUGUCAUCAAUCGCAUGCGAGAGCCCUCGAAACCACCCUUCAGAUCUUCUCCUCCACCCGAACCCGAGGCUCCGGCGGCACCGUCCAAGCCGACUCCUCCUCCUUUCUCAGUGGAUGAGUCAGAGCUGAGACGGAAGAUAACUGAAGAAGUGCAGAAAGGUCUGGAAGAAGAAAGGAGCAAGACACAAUACGAGCUCCAUCAAUGGCUGGAGAAGGAGCGUGCCCGGGUGAAAGCUCAGGCCCACUCAGACGCCCAGGCCCACGUUCAGGGCGAGGUGAGCAGGAUCCUGGCCUCGGAGAGAGCGGCCGCUCUGGACAGCGUGCAGAAAGCCGCGCUCAGAGAGAGGGUCACCGCCGAGGAGGAGCGAAUCCGCACCAAGCUCUUAGCGAAGCAGCUGGAGGAAAGAGAUCAGCAGCUGAGGAAGCAGGACGCCUUCUACAGGGAACAACUGAACAAACUGGAGGAACGGAGCACCCAGUUUUACAAGGUCACCAAUGAGAACUAUCACAAAGCGGCGGAUGAGGUGAACGCUAAAUUUAGGCGCUACGAAAUUAGUCCCGUGUGUGCCGAACUGCAGGAUCAGAUCCUGAAGUGCUACAGAGAGAACGCUGGGAAAACACUCCUCUGCUCCAAUAUCGCCUCUCUCUACAUGCAGUGUGUCGACAGCGCGAAACAGAACAAGUUGCGGACCGGAGGCUAGCCGUCUGAGUCGGAGGAGCAGCCGUGAUUGUGGAGUCAUCUCAGCUUUAAAAAAGAAGUGAAAGAUUGUCAAGAAAGAGCAGAGAGCAUAGAGCAACGUACAGAUACACACCUGACUCUGAGGAACAGUAUGGAAAAUCUGCAGCUACUGGGGAGAUGGGAAACACUCGGCCUUCUUCUCCUUCUUCUCUCUAUCUUUCUGUCUCUCUUUCUAAUUGUCUUCAUUCUUAACAGAGAAGGACAGUGUGAGGGGUAUGAGACCCAGCAGCAGCGUAGAAGAAGAUGUGUAUUAGAACGUGCCAAACGCCAAAAAACCGAGUGAGUGCCUCAGGGGAAUGAAACAGAAAUGUAAAGAAAUUAUAAAGAAAAAAAUUCAGCAGCAGUCCGACAGGGCGUCAAAUUAGUGUUUUGGUGUAAACUCUCUUCUGUCAUCGUCUAAUUUCGCUUAAUACCUCUUAUUGAUUUGCGCCUUGUUUGAAUCGUCUGGUAAAGCAAAAGUUUUGGCACCCCUACAACAUGCAAAACUACUCCUCAUGUAAUUAGUUCAGUUUGUACACUUCUGUUCUCAUCAGGCUGGACCCAGGCUCUUAUUGCACUACUGUUCAUCACGUCCGUGUGUGUGUGUGUGUGUGUGUGUGUGCAGUGCUGAUUAUGUUUCUGCUUUAUUUUUGGUUUUCAUCCACACAAAAACAGUGCGAUCUGUCGGGGAGAAUAAAAGGCUCAAACUGCAAACCUGAAUGGCUGUGGCAUCGCUGUUCUUUCUCAGAGUGUGUGUGUGUGUGUGUGUGUGUGUGAGAGAGAGAGAGAGAGAAGGCAAGAAAUACUUUUAUUAAUGUUGAUUGUUGUCGCUGUUUUGCACCUCAGACAAAAUGACAGAUUGUAAUCAUUGUAUCACACACACACACACACACACAUGUACACACACACACACACACUCGUCUUUCUCCACUCUCAUGUAAAUUUCAGCUCUCUUUUCUAACUUUUGAGACGUGAAAGUCCCUUCACUCUUUAGGAGCAGUGAACUGAUGCCUGUCGCUAGGAGACGGUAUUCGAACCGAACCACACUCACACAGACCCCACGACCUUUUUUUGCGUAGGAGCUCUGCAUUUUAACAUCCGAGCCAAAAGAGACUUUAAAUAAAUAAAUAAAAAACUCCUUUUGAUAAAGAUUACUGAUGAGCCAACUGACAAAUGUAUGUGUUUUUUUUUGUUUUGUUUUUUACCUCUGAUAGCCCUGCCCCCUUUCCCCUUUCCCCUUCCCCCUCCCUCACGUCUCAUUUUAUUCUGUCGCGAUAAUUAGAGAAUAUUUUAAGAGUUUAUUAAUGUGAAAAUAUUUCUGCCAAAUAAACAGGCUGAAAACAAGAAAAAUAAAAAGAUUAAACAGGA